CUUAACACUCAUUUCAAUUCAAGCAAGAUGGCAGAAAAUCUUGAAGUUCACACUGGGGGAAAAGUGCCCUUCGCUGCAACUGGCGACGAGUCUACAUCACAAAUUGACAAAGAGGCCGAGAAUGAUCUCUCGAGAAGCAGUAAAAAGCAGGAUGAGUCUGAGCCUCGCAUUGAAGUGGAGAGGGAGGCUCCCGUUGCAGACGAGUAUCCCCAUGGCAUACGUCUAACGUUUGUUGUGGUGGCCAUCAUGCUCGCCACUUUCAUGAUUUCUCUUGACCAAACAAUUAUUGGGACAGCAAUCCCGAAAAUCACCGAUCAAUUUCACGGUCUCAACAAAGUAUCAUGGUACGGCUCGGCUUACUUCAUGACCUUUGGUGGAUUUCAGACCUCGCUGGGUAAAGCAUACCGGUACUUCAACCUGAAGACAACAUUCCUCGUCUCGCUCUUCAUUUUCGAACUCGGGAGUCUUAUUUGCGGUGUGGCGCCAAAUUCAAAUGCUCUUAUUGUCGGACGCGCCAUUGCUGGCCUUGGAGGUGCAGGUAUGGCGACGGGUGGCUUCACUAUUAUCGCAUUUUCCUCCGAGCCCAAGAGACGACCUCUCUUUACUGGCUUGGUGGGAUCUGCCUAUGGCCUUUCUGCUGUAGCGGGUCCUCUCAUUGGCGGUGCCUUUUCGGACAGGGUUUCUUGGAGAUGGUGCUUCUACAUCAAUCUCCCAAUUGGAGGCCUUUCAGCCGCGAUCGUCCUUUUCUUUUUCCACACCCCGAGUGGAGCGAAAGCGGUUAAGGCAACAUGGAAAGAGAUUAUAUUGAACAUGGAUCCUCUCGGCGUACUUUUGACAAUGUGCCUCAUCAUUUGUUACAUCCUUGCUCUUGAGUACGGUGGACAAACAAACGCAUGGAACUCAAGUGUUGUGAUCGGCUUACUCGUCGGCUUUGGCCUCAUUCUUAUCACUUUGCUUGUGUGGGAAUACUACCAGGGAGAGCGCGCCAUGUUUGUGUUCCGUUUGUUCAAAAGGCGUUCUCUCUGGGCCCCUUCAGCAUACAUGUUGUUUUUUGCCGGCGCUUAUUUCAUUCUUCUCUACUACCUCCCGACCUACUUCCAAAGUAUCGACAACACCAGCCCUAUCGGCUCUGGAGUGCGAAACCUGCCUAUGGUUGUGACUUUCAGCAUUGCAGCUAUUCUUGCAGGCGGAUUUGUCCAAAAAACCGGGUUUACAACGCCAGUCAUGCUUGUUGGUGCUUGUAUCGCAACUAUUGGAACCGGUUUGCUUUACACAUUAGACAUCCACACCUCGGCUGGGAAAUGGAUCGGCUAUCAGAUUCUUGCCGCCUUCGGUUUCGUGAUUCCAUGGCUAAUCCCCAUGAACAUUGCCCAAGCAAAUGCACGGCCCGAAGAUAUGUCAACAGUGACUGCUAUCAUUUUUCUGUUUCAAACUCUAGGCGGAGCGUUCAGCGUCUCGGCCGCUCAAUCAGCUUUCGUAAACACGAUGAUCAGAAAGCUAGCAACAACGGCUCCAAGGGUCGAUCCUUCGCUGGUGAUUGCGGCAGGAGCAACGCAGCUUCGCGCAACGUUCCCCGAAGAUAUCAACGGUGUUCUACUUGCAUAUAUGGCAGGACUUAAAGCAACAUUUGCAAUUGCAGUCGGAAUGGUUGGGUUUGCGUCCUUUCUAAGCAUUUUCACACCCUGGGACAGAUUGCAUGGCUCGCCGGAAGCCGUUGGUUUUGUAUGA